GAAACUCGAAGCACAGACAUGCCAUGCCCGGAGAAGCGAGGGCACAAGUCCCCAGUCUGCUGGAAUUUACGACGCUGCCAGAAACAAGAGAAUCUGAGCCAGAGCCCGUGUCUGAGCAGCAGCAGCAGCGCGACACAUUGCAGAAGUCAAUUUUGGAAAGGAGGCAGAAGAAGAGUAGAAGAACAAUGUACUAGAGGAGGAGGCCCGGAAGGACAACAGUAGUUCCCCUUCGAAAUGGCACCGGAUGUUUUUACUGUUUGUUCUUGGUUUCGUGAAUUGCACUGCAAGGGAGGGCACUCUGACUCGUCUUUUUGGAGAUUUGUGGAGUUUCGAGCACAAUCGUGAGUGGAUGAGGGCGGCGUGUCACCUGAGAUUGAACGGGAGAUUUCUUUUGUUGUCGUCGUCGAGAUUUGGUUUGGUUUGGCGCCAGGUCUUGAUGAUUGUGCGAUUGGUUUAUCUCGUUUGAUACGAGAAUUCUGCUGGGAGAGAUCCGUGGCAAGUCUCUAUGAUGGAGGAGAGAAUGAAAAUCGCAGUUCUUCAGGCGUGUAGAGCUCUUCGUAAGCGACAUAGGGACGAAGAAGGUGCUCAUGGUCCUGCCAUUGCUGCUCUCGCUACAGCCGUCCGAUAUCAGGGGGCUGAGCUUAUAGUCAAAGUGGAGCUAUUGCAGCAAGAAUUGAAUCAAAUAUAUCGUACGCAUACGGAAACAACAGGACAACUGCUGGCAGAAAAAUCUGCAAACCAAACGUUGCUCUCACAACUUGCAGACAAGGACUCUCUAAUCACUGAGCUCCGGUCCGAACUCUCAGCGGCAAGGACAAAACUUACAGAGUUGGAAAAGGAGGACGAUGUCCAAAAGGAAGCUAUAAAUACUUUAAACUUUGAAAGGACUGAACUAAAACUGCAGAUCUUAGAGUUGGAGUCAAAACUUUCCAAAGCAGAAUUGGAUAACAAAAUGCUUGUGGAUCGAUGGAUGGAGCAAAAGAUGCAAGACGCUGAACGUCUGAAUGAGGCCAACGCAAUGUAUGAGGACAUGAUGGAGAGGCUCAAGUCCAGCAGACUCGAGGAGCUGGCAAGACAACAAGUAGAUGGAAUCGUAAGGCAUAGCGAAGCAGGGGCUGAAUUUUAUGUCGGUUCAGGCAUUCCGACACACGUUCGACACACAAUACAAGCACAUGAAGGAGGAGGCGGUGCUAUAGCUUUUGAGCAUGGUAGCGGAGUCCUCUUAACCGGGGGUAAUGAUUCCGUCGUCCGACAGUGGGAUUCGCAGGGUGGCACUAACCUGAACACACUUCGUGGCGCUACAGGGACUAUACUUGAUUUGACUGUUUCUUCCGACAACAAGCAGGUGCUGGCAGCUUGUAGUGACCACAAAAUCUACCUGUGGGAUGCUCAAUCAGGCCGAAUAAGGCAUACUCUCACUGGUCAUUCUGAGAAGGUAGUUGCUAUCGACCUGAGUCCAAGUGGCAACAAGAGGGCAGUGAGUGCUUCAUAUGACCGGACAAUCAAGCUUUGGGAUCUGGGCACUGGCUACGGAGUGAACACUAUAGUCUGCUACAGCAACUGCAACUCAGUUUGUGUCACAUCUGAUGGGGCGCUGAUUUGUUCUGGUCAUAUGGAUGGAAAUUUGCGUUUCUGGGAUAUCAGGUCAGGAAAGCUAGCAAACGAAGUUGCUGCGCAUGGUCUUGGCAUUACAUCAGUGUCUCUUUCACGAACUGGUCAUACCGUACUCACGAGUGGACGAGACAAUGCCAUCAACAUUUUUGAUGUACGCAGUUUAGAGAUAAGAGCCACUUAUCGGUCACCCAACUUUCGAGCGGCCACAAAUUGGUGCAGGUCAUGCCUGAGUCCAAAUGAGAACUAUGUAGCGGUGGGUUCAGCAGAUGGGGCUGUGGUUGUUUGGAGCAGAAAGAAUAACGAAGGCGAAUCUGUUCUGAAGGGAGGACACACAUAUCCUGUAUUGGCUUGUGCAUGGAGUGGCGUGGGCAAACCCUUGGCCACUGCGGAUAAGAGUGGACGAAUUUGCAUAUGGGAGUGACUUUGCACUAUCCAUUUGGUGACUCCACUUAACUUGUGCAGUACCUAGAGAGUUUAGCUCUGCAGGUGAGUUUCUUUCAUUCUUGUGUCCAGCACGUUUGGUGAAGCCAAUGUGUACAGUUUAACCGAAGGCUGGAAAGACAUCCUGCUAAGUUUUUGACAAGGCUUUAAAUCUUCCAAGUAGAAGGAGAAGAUGAGAAGGUCGAAUAUGUAGUUUACCUUGUCAUUUGUAUCAUGAUAGAACCUAGAUAAGUGAUAAAAUUUCCCAUACGUCUUUGCACAUUCUAUGCAUCGACGUUUGAUUUGCUGAUAGUUUUGAGAGGGUAGUCGGUGACGAACUUUCCGAUCGAUGGUCGUAUGCUUGGAUGAAAAUUCAUGCAGCUGUUUAUGAUAUGUGUUCAUUUUUCAUGGAGUGAUAUCCUUGUGCAUGUAGUGGAGGAGCUUUGACAAGACAUACAGGUCAUAUUUUCCAAAUACUGCCAUAGACAGUAGGUAUAUUUUCAAUUAGUUUCCAAAGCUGGGCAUAAGUGAGUUCUGAUUCAGUAUGCGAUUCUUUGUAGUAGAAGGCCUAUCUCUAGUUGUUAAACUGACAUAGUAGACAGAACCACGAUGAAGCUGACCUUCAUCUGGCCUAGCCUGCGAUUGGGCGAGGUCGAUUUUUGAGGUUCACCACUCGAGUAGGUCUGUUAUAAAUUGUUCUUUGGUCUGGUCAGUUGGCUUUCAAAAGUUGAAGAACAGUUGAAGAUUGUGCAAUCAGAUCUCAAAUGCAACAAUUAGAGAUUAAUCAGGUUUGGAGAUCAAGAGCUACCGGUACUGUACAACAGCAAGUAUAGAUCGUUUGAAGUUCCAAGUAAUUUUAUUUCUUAGGUAGAGUUGAUUGUCCAUUGGCGCCUUGAAGGAAAAAUGUAAAGAUUUGUUCGAUUGAAUGAUUUUGUAUGAAGUUGUUGUGCCA